AGUAAAUAAAAUUGGUCAUUAAAUUUAGAAUCUGUAACACUUAAUGACAAAAUUAAAAACAGAUUUUUUCUUUUUUUUUCCUCAAAAUUUUCAUCGCUACUUCAACUUUUUCUAAUAGUUCUCCUUUUGAAGCCUAAUAUUUAUGAGCAAGGUCUUCCUUCUUUAUACCAAUUUCUUUGCUGUAAGGUACAUGCAUGCUUAUCAGCCAACAAAGCUCAAGUUGAACCAUUGUUUCGUAGAGGAUAUGGAGAUUGUUUACCAGCAGCCUCACAUCGAUAGAGAAAUUGAGUCACUAAAAGAAAGAAUCCAUCCACCUAGGGUUUGCAUAGACAAUGAUUCAUGCAGAAACUGCACGGUGGUGAAGAUUGAUAGAGCAAACAAGCAUGGGAUACUAUUGGAGAUGGUCCAGGCGUUGACAGAUCUAGACCUUAUAAUUUCCAAAUCAUACAUUUCUUCUGAUGGUGGAUGGUUAAUGGAUGUGUUCCAUGUGAAGGAUCAGAUUGGGAACAAGCUCACCGACAAAAGUCUCGUGAAUCACAUUGAGCAGAUACUAUGUGAGUGCACGGCAAAAAGCAACGGAGAAACUUCAAGUGAAACAGUGCAACACUGUUGCAAGGGACCACAAGAAGCAAAUGUUGCCAUAGAGGUGAUAGGAACGGAUCGACCAGGCUUGUUUUCAGAGAUAUCGGUGGUACUGAUGGACUUGGGCUUCAACAUCAUAUCUGCAAAAGCCUGGACCCAUAAUGACAAAGUGGUAUGCAUUAUCUAUCCGGAGGAUGCAUCCAGACCUGGCCCAAUCAACGAGAGAGAGCGAUUAGCCCAAGUCGUGGAUCAGAUCCGGAAUGUGAUAGAGGCCAAUGAAGGAAAGGGAGAUAAAGAUAUGAGGAGUGUGGUGUUAAAAAGCUCCACCACCGGGCACAGUCAUACUGAACGGAGGCUCCACCAGAUGAUGUACGCAGCCAGUGACUACGAGAGUUGUCAUGCCUGCCACGGGGAUAAUGACAGUGAGCACAAAAGGCAGUAUGAUGGGACCCAUGUUUCGGUGGAUAGAUACCAGGGGAGAGAUUACUGGGUGGUGAAUGUGAGAAGCCGAGAUCGUCCUAAGUUACUGUUUGAUAUUGUGUGCAUGCUCACGGACAUGCAAUAUGAGGUGUUUCAUGCGGCUGUUACCUCGAACAGCCCCAUGGCAGAACAGGAAUACUUUAUCAGGAACCAGGGUAGUUCGAAUCUUGACAAUGAAACCGAAAAGCAAAGGCUCACCCUAUGUUUAAUCGCCGCUAUAGAGUGCAGAGCUUCACAUGGAUUAAAGGUAGAUAUUCGCACUCAAAACAAAAUGGGGCUACUAUCGAAGGUGACACAAGUAAUUCAUGAGAAUGGAUUAUCCAUAACAAGAAUUGAGUUUGGAGUAGAGGGUGAAGCAGCAAUAGGAUCACUCUAUGUUACAGGUUGUUCAGGUCAAGAUGUGAAUGAAAAUAUAGUAGAGUUGAUAAAAAGAGAAAUUGGUGGGUCAAUUGUUUUGGCUCAAAGUUCUCCAUACAGGGACUCUCAAUCCUCAUCAUCCAGUAACAAUAGUAGAGAUGUUAUACCAACAUUUUCUUUUGGAGGCAUGAUUCGGUCUCACCUCGAGCGUCUCAUCAACAAUUUCAGGCCAAUUAGAUCUUAAUCAGAUACUCAAAUUACUAGCGUUGUAUUUAAACUUCGAGAAAUGUUUGAAUUGCAAAUCUUAGUUGUACAGCAUAUGGGAAGGGUGACUUCCCUCUAUGAUCUGAGAGUUAAUUCUUUAA